AUGAAGGGUAUAGAAGAGCAGCGUCCUGCGGGACUCUGUGUCUUGAAAGGAUUUGUGAACCGAUCCACUUCUCCUUGGGGGACACAACAGUUUCAGCCAGCUGCUGCCCUCUCCGGACCUACUAAAAUUAUAGGUGAUGUUGAGGAUGAGGAGAAGAAGCCUUUGCAAGAGGUUGAGAUGAACCGACCAAGUAAAUUGGGGCAAACAGACCAAACUACCAAGCAGCAAUCUGGAAAGGCUGAAACAGAGCCAUCAUCGCAGUCCAGUGAUGAAGAAGAUUUAAAGGACGAGUAUGGAAUUAGCACUUAUGAAAAGAGAAGACUACAGAAUAUUCAAGACAAUGCUGAUUUUUUCAACAAAUUAGGAAUAUUAGAGAUGAAAAAUGAGAUAAAACAAAGCAGUGCAAAACCAAAAGCUUCCAACAGAGGCCUGAAAAGGGAGAAGGAGAAAGCUCCCCCUCUUCCUCGAAGAAGCAGUCUACGUCUGAAAAGAAUCGAUCCUGAGGGUAACACACUACCACCCCUGCCUGUUGUCACUGAAGAUGUCGUCGAAAAUGCAAGGAAACCAAGUGGUCCACUAGAAAUGAAGGAAAGUUUGUUAAAGGAAGGUACAUUGGAGGACCACACAGAACUGAUGCUAAAAUUAAAAGGACUAGUGGACACCGAGCAGGAAUCAAACGACGACAGAUCAAAGAAAACUCCUCUUGCUAGUUUCAUGAAAGACUUUAGUAAGAUGACACUGACAGCAGAAAGGGUAGCGAAGGUGGUACCUAAUCGAGUAUUUUCUGUGGACAUCCAUCCCUCUGAGGAUAAAGUCCUCGUUACAGCUGGUGAUAAAUGGGGCGCUGUGGGACUUUGGGAUGUGGUGCCUGGCCGUGAACACAUGACAGAUGGUGUAAUAGCUUACACUCCUCACUCUCGCCCUGUUAACUGUCUACGUUUCUCUCCCUGGAAUUCUGCCAACCUCUACUCCUGUAGUUAUGAUGGGACAUUGCGUAUGGGAGACCUCCAGAAGGAAAUAUUUGACGAGGUAUAUGCCUCACCAGAAGAUGACUACAACUUGUUGAAGAAUUUUGAUUUCCUGUCAGAAUCUUCACUCUUGGUCUCACAACAAGAUGGCUCUGUGGCUCUAGUAGACAGACGCACCAAAGGAGUUGAAGCUGAACAUGAGUACAAUCUACACUUUAAGUCACUGCGUACUGUCAGUGUACACCCAGUCCUCACUCAUACUUUUGCCACUGCCUCUGCUGAUGGGACUGUGAGUUUAUGGGAUCACAGAAAGUUGAAAUCCAGUGGCAAGAAAAAUGAACCGACAGACUUCAUACAGCAUGGUAAAGGUGUUAAUAGUGCAUACUUCUCCCCCCUAACUGGCAAAUAUAUCCUAACCACAUCCAUGGAUGACAAAGUCAGUGUGUUGAAUAGUUCCAAUGGAGAAAAUUCUCUGAAAAACUGCAGACACUUAAGACAUGACAACCACGUUGGCCGUUGGCUCACCAACUUCAGGGCCUCCUGGCAUCCACGUCGGGAAGAUUUGUUUGUGGUUGGAAGUAUGAAGAGACCUCGACAGAUUGAGGUUUACAGUGAUUCUUGUGACGCCCUCGGGACCUUCCAGUGCUCAGACAACUUAGGGUCUGUUUGUUCCCUGAAUGCUAUUCAUCCUACUAGAAACAUUCUUGUGGGAGCUAAUUCAAGUGGCAGGCUCCAUGUUUUCAUGAAAUCUUAAACUUAAAUUAAAAUUUAACAUGGACCAUUAAUUCUCUAAUCAGCGGUGAUUUACUUUUUGACAUUUUCUGAAAAUCACGUGUUUUUGAUGAGAAAAAAGACAAUUUAGUGAAAGCUAGCUGUUUUAAUGUUUUAAAAAGAAAUCAAAAGCUGAUUUUAAAGAACUUGAAUCGAGAAAUGACAUUGCAAUAAAGCUCAACUGCAUUAAGUGGUGCUUUGAACUGAGGACCAACUCAAAGACCUGUUCACAUGACCUUCACCAGGAUAAGGUGGUGUGAUAUUUACAAGGUGAUACCUUAUCACUCUGAUGAAGGUGAAGUGAGAUUUACAGAAUUAACACCCUAUCACCCUGAUGAAGGUGAAGUGAGAUUUACAGAAUUAACACCCUAUCACCCUGAUAAAGGUGAAGUGAGAUUUACAGAAUUAACACCCUAUCACCCGGACUAAAGUGGAGUGUGUUUAAAGGGUUAAUGCUCAAUUAACCAAACACAGACAUUGAACUCUUAUUCUAAGAAAGUUUGAAAAAGCCACUUUUACCUGACAACUGUGUUCAUGGUUUAAAUCACUAUUAAUUGAUGUAGUAACCAGGCAACUGUGUUCAUGGUUUAAGUCACUAUUAAGUAGUUCUGUAGUAGCCUGUUAACUGUGUUCAUGGUUUAAAUCACUCUCAAGUGGUGCUGUAGUAACCUUGCAACUGUGUUCAUGUUUUCAAUCACCAUUAAGUAAUGUUGGGAUUACCAGACAAGUGUGUUCAUAGUUUGAAUCACUGUUAAGUGUUGAUGUAUUAACUUAGCAACUAUGUCCAUUGUUUAAAUCAAUAUUAAGUUUUGCAUAGUAACCUAGCACUUACUAUGUUCAUGGUUAAAAUCAGUAUUAAGUACCUGUAGAUACCGGACAGAUAUGUUCAUUGUUUAAAUCAUAUUAAGUUUUGCAUAGUACCUAGCAACUGUAUUCAUAUGGUUUAAAUCCCUUUUAAGUGGUGCUGUAGUAACCUGUUAACUGUAUUCAUAUGGUUUAAACCCCUUUUAAGUGUGCUGUAGUAACCUAGCAACUGUGUUCAUAUGGUUUAAACCCCUUUUAAGUGGUGCUGUAGUAACCUAGCAACUGUGUUCAUAUGGUUUAAAUCCCUAUUAAAUGGUUCUGUAGUUACCAGGUAUCGGUGUUCAUGGUUUAACGUGGUGACAAUGUACAGAGGUAGCGAGAUUUAUUUGAUGUAGUGUUAAAUACUUCAUUUGUAUUAGUACAGCAGGAUGAUGAUUUGUGUAUAUUACAGAUGUAUAAGAGAAACAAGUUUUCUAUUGAAAAGGACUUAGGUUUAUGUAACAUCGACUGUUGAGAGAAAUGAAUUCAAACAGUGCCAUGUAGUCUGCAGCUUAUUUUCUGGUACAAUUACAGAGAUCUACUUAUUGACAUGACAUAACACCUUACUUUCUUGUACAUGAAUCAGGGAAACCUCAGAUUUUAUUCUCUAUCAAACCACCUCUCUACAGAAAGAUCAUUGAUGUUAACUUUAAAAAAAAAUCUUACUUUUUGAUUGAAAUAUCUAUCAACAUACAGAGGUGAAACAUAUUGAUGCAGCAACUGAUGCUAAUGAAUAGACAUUUGAACUGGAUCGGCCCUCACAUAAUUAUAUAGCUGAUAAAUUUUAGUACAAUAAUGAAUAUCUUGUGAUUGUAUUUUGGCCCUUCCUCUGUCCUUAAAAAAUUGGUAUGUAUAUGUGCAGGUUCAAUUUUGGUACUAAUGAAAUAUGAGAAAAUCCCUGUUGUAUAUGCCCCCACAGCCAAGCAAAAACAGUUUCAAUGUUGAGUCAGUAAAUGUUUUUUUACCUACGUAUAGUAAGGUUGAUCUGGCCUUGAACUUAAGUCACAGAAAUACAAGAUACAAAAACACUCAUCUUUGAUCUUUGUAUAAAGUUUGACAAAAAAUCUGUGAAAUAAUAAGUUGCUAUGUAUUUAAAUUGAAUCUGUUAAUAUUUUCUAUAUAUAAAGCACCACUGACUUUUGAAUUGACCUUUGGCCCUUAAACACAACACUGUCCAAAGUAUAGUCAACCUUUGUAUACAGUUUGAUUAAAAUCUGUCAAAAAAUGAAGUUGCUAAGUGUUUACAUUGAACCAGAAUGGGAUGGGACUGACAAGGGCAAUGCUCUAUGUCCUUCCAUUUAAUGGUGGGGGCAUAAAACAUGGAUGAUAGACAGCCAUGUGGGAAUGAGAAAGCUGGAAUUUGAUAUCCAUAAAGUACCUAAUUGAUUUAUUUUUCAGAUUUCAUAUCUAGACUCUCCAUGGCCUAGUUUUGCAUGAUCGAUUUUGAACUUAUCCGAAGCAAAAAAGGCUGUCAGACAGCCAUCUUGGAUUUCAAUAGUUACACUUUGUAAUUGUGCUUUGUAAAAAAAAAUUGUGGAUUGGUCUAUCGAAAAUUUCAUAAUUAGGUUCCCCUUUGCUUUAUUUCUGCAUAAGAGGAAAGACAGGAAAAGAUUCAACUGCUAAAGUUCAUACAACGGUUGGCACCUGUGAAAAUCUAGAAAAAGAAAACACAAAUUUUGAAAAUAUUUUUAUCUUGAUUCUACUUUCUGAAUCAAAACAUUUAUUGAUAUAAAUAUAUUUACAUAUAAGAAAGCAUUUCUGUAAAAACAAAUGGUGCAGACUUGUAUUAUGUAUGUCUAAUUUAGUGUAAAAAGAGUGAUGUUAUCAUUCUU